AUGAGUUCUUAAUCAAUUUCAUCUUCAGAUUUAUCAAUUUCAGAUGAAAUGAGUUCCAUAAAAACUGAUUAAGAUAGAAUGUUGUAAAAUUCAAACAUAUUAAAACAUGCUAAUUAAGAUAACAAUAAUUGUUUAAAGCACCCAAAUAAAAAAGUAAUUUGUUUGUUAAAAAAUAGGCAAAAUUUUAUGUAUAACAAAAUAGUAAUUAAUUAUUUUGUUCAAAAUGUGCAUUAAAUUUAGCUUUAUAAGGUCUUAAAAUAGAAGAAACAUAAGAGGUAUAAUUGGAAAUAUAAAGGAAAGAUAAAAUAAAUAAUUUUCAGAAGGAUUUACAUUAAGCUCUUUAAUAAUGUGAUUAAAAAUUAGUUAACUUGAAUGAUAUUAAGAAUAACUUAAUAAACUAAUGGGAAGAAUAGAAUAUAAAUUGCGAUGAAUUUUUUUAUGUUGUUCAAAAGACAACUAAUUAGUUAAGAUAAACAUAUUAGCAAAAAUUAUAAAAUGAUUAUACAACCUAUUAAAAUCAAGUUUAGGAAUAAGUAGAAAAUAUCAAACUAUUAAUAUAAUAAUUGAAGCAAUUUUCUAUUGAUAUUUUCUCGAAUCAUGAUAAUAUAGUUAAGAAAAUGGAAAUGAAACCUUUUGAUGAAAUUAUGCAAAAGUACUAAAAAAAAGUAGAUGAAAUUAGAUAUCAAUAAUUUAAUAGUCAAUAUCAAUUAUCUUUAAAAUAGCUAAAUGUUGAUUAAAAUUAAAUUCUAACAUAUAUGAAUAAAAUGUGUUAUAUUUUGUUAAUAAAAAAUGAUAGUAUGGAAUAUAAUUAAAAGACGAUGACUAGUUAGUAAAAUUUAGAAUUUAAUUUGUCUAAUAAUUAAUAAUAUUUUGAUAUGUUUGAAAAUGAGGAAAUUAAUAGUCCUAUCUCUAAUAUCAAUUAAAUACAAUUUCAAUCUUCAAUUAGUCAACAGUUUAAUAAAUUUGAAUCAAUCAAUUCAAAUCCUGUCAGAAGUAAUGCAAAUACACCUGAAAGUUGGAAAUAAAAACUUAGUUUGAGAAGGGAUAAUAUAACACCAAAUGAUAAAAUUUCUUAUUAAAAUAGUUCUCGUGUUUUAGAAUAAGUUAGCUCGAAAAAAGUACUUUAAAAGUAAUUAAUUGAAAAAUAUUCUUAUAAAUACAAUAAAAAAUAAAAAACUACAACUGAUUGUGAAAGAAUAAGUGAAAAAUCUUAUUCAUUAUUAAAUAAUAAUAUGAGUUGCUUUCAAAUAUAAAAAUUUAUAAAAGAAGCGGAAAGAGGAAGUCUUGAAGAUAGAAAAUUAACUCCAAAAUAAAAGGUUAUACCUGUUAGUAAAUCUAUUGUUUAUGGAUAAGUUUAUAAUAAUUAAAUAAAGAAUAAUUCAAAUUAGAAAUGUAUUUAUAUAAUUAUUAUAUUUAGCUUAGUAAAAUCUAAUAUAAAAUUACAUUCAUAAAUAAUAAUAUGGUUCAGUUCCAAAUUUAAAAUCACCUUCUCAUAUAUAAUAAUAAAGUGAUCCUGUCUAUUUGCAUCGUUAGUAAGAAGGGCAUUUAAGAUCCAAAUCAAAAUAAAUUAAACCUUAAUCUAUUGAAUAAGAAAGUAAAAGAUAGUUUAUAAUGAAUGUUGGUAUUAAUUCAAUUCAGUAAGUUUAAAAUGAAGACACAUUGAAAGAUAAAAUAUUAAAAGAGCUUUGUAAUCAUCCAAGUGAAUAAAUUUAUGGUUAAGUAUUAAAAAAUCAUUAAUAAAAAUAAAAAAAUCGUAAAGCAACAAGCAAAGAAAAUUUUGAAUGGACUUCUUAGAAAAAUAGAAGAAUAGGAUAAAAUAUAAAUAAGAAAUAAUAAUAAUGA